AGCGAUACAGUUUAGUGUAUAGCGAAAGACCGGAGGGGGUGAGCGUUAAGGCUUUGUAAACACUGAGGAGGCGCCUAUCCCGUUACUGGCAUGAUUAUAGGAACAAAGAGCCUACAUUAGAACCAGCCCAAAACCUGGAACUUUACCAAAGCAAAGGACUUUUCAUACCAGUUAUAACUGAGGUUCUCGAAAACUGACGGAAAGAACGUUUUGCUGCGACGCUGGUAGCCGUGAUAACAAAGAGGGAUCCUGUCAGCUGAGGGGACACGGACGCGCAGGACUGUAGUAUCCAAAGUUGCUUGAUGUCUCUCUCCGACACUGGAUUAUUUUCUACGUGGUUUCUAUUCUUGCAAUGAAAGUCCAAGGCGGCAUGUCACACUUUUAAGACGAGGGAGCGGGGACACACAGACCCCCUUCGGGACUCGGGAGAGGGAACAAAGGCUCCUUGGAGUGAUUACGCUGCCCCAUUACUUUGGAACAAAGUCCCGUAGUCAGAGUGGGUGGCAGAAGGAAGCCUUAAUUCCUUUCGGCCUUUCUCCUUUGCCAAAGCAUCAGAACUUUUGGACUAAAGUCAAGGGGUGUAGGCAAGAAGGGGUACACUUUGUGUCCUUUGCGCACCCACUUCUACUUCAGUUUGCGUUAGGGGAUGAUGGAAAUACCCUUCUAUCAUGAUGAUGUGUUGAAUGUUUCUCAGGCUCCCCUCUACACUUCUCCUUUUAGCGCUAUGAUGAAAAAGGAUCUGAACCUUAACCUGACUGACCAGGUUGUAGCUAAUUUAAAGCCACACCUCCGCGAUGGGGAGCUGCUGACCUCCCCUGAUCUUGGGCUACUAAAGUUGGCUUCUCCUGAGCUGGAGAGGCUUAUCAUCCAAUCAAAUGGCAUGGUCACCACCACACCUACUACUAGCCAGUUUGUGUACCCAAAGGUGGCUAGUGAGGAACAAGAAUUUGCAGAGGGCUUUGUGAAAGCAUUGGAAGAUCUUCAUAAACAGAAUCAAUUGGGGGUUCAACCAGGCAGUUUGGAUUUAAGCUCAGUGCCUGCUGGAUCUAACCUUCAACCUCCAUCAACCUCUGAUGCUCCUGUCUAUGCCAACCUUAGCAGCUACCCCAGUGGGGUUAUGGGAACCACUGUCAAUUAUAGUACUGAUACUGUGCCAUACCCACCACCUCCAUCAAACAUGAUACAGCAACCAGCACCUCCACCACCCAGACUGCAGGUUCUGAAAGAUGAGCCACAGAUUGUACCAGAGGUUGCCAGCUUUGGGGAUAGUCCACCAAUGUCCCCUAUAGAUAUGGACACACAGGAAAGGAUCAAAGCAGAGCGAAAGAGGCUGAGAAACAGGAUAGCAGCAUCUAAAUGCAGAAAGAGAAAGCUUGAGCGAAUCUCCAGACUAGAGGAAAAAGUGAAGAGCCUUAAGACACAGAACACUGAGCUGGCAUCUACUGCUAACCUGCUGAGGGAACAGGUGGCCCAACUAAAGCAAAAGGUCAUGAGUCAUGUCAACAGUGGCUGCCAGCUUCUGCCCCAACAGGUCCAAGCCUACUAAGCACUGGAUCUUUUUCAACUAUUCAGACCUAUCCAUUGCUUUACCUUACACCUGUAAUAAUUGUAUUCCAAUUUUGAGAAGCUCACUAAGUAAAUUUAGUUGGGACUUUGUCAUUUUUGUAAAGUGUAUCAACUCAAAUGACCAAAGACUGGAGGGUGGCCCAUUACUUUGGGAAGCAUCAAACCACUCCCAUUACUACUGACCAUAACCAAAUAGUGUCAUCUAAUGUAGGGUGACCAUUAAAAAAAAAAGUAAACACAACCAAGGUGGAGGAGCACGGUGUUGCAAUGGUGUUAUGGCUGCAAGUUUCUUAUUGAGACUGAUACUUUUGAGACACCAGUGUUGCUGCAGUUUCUGUUUUGUUUGUUUGUUUUUCCUCAUGUAAACAAUCUUGAUUUGCAUAGUACAGACAGAUUUACCAAUUAAACCCCAUAACACCAACUCUAAGGAAGUUUGAGGUGGCCUAAGACAACAGUGACUACUAUUAAUCUAGAGUGCAUACAUAUCAGGACUUACAGAAUGUUAUUGUGGGUUAAGGUUUUGUUCCCUAGACCCUAAUGACACUGCUCACUCCAGUAAUAUGUUCUGUCUUGAGCUGUACAGACAAGUUUGUACAUGCAGUAAUGCUUAUAUCCAGAACAUGUUUGAGACAAACUUGGUUGGAUGUUAAUGCCAAGUGCAAUCAAUGCUGAUUUAUAUAUAAACUGCCUUAAAUGUUUACAACGUUUCAAAAGCAGAUGACAGAAUAGGCUACGGUAACCUGCACUGAAACUUCUUAGCUACUGAACUAAUCCACACAUACAGGAAUAUCCAGUAUCAAAGAAGUUAAAGUGCAUGAGUGCACUAUGUCUGCAUCUUCUAUGCUGAGCUAUAAUUUGUAUGAUAUGUAAAUGUAUUUUACAGAACUUUUGUUUGAAGUGUUCAGUUUGCUAUAAUUAAGUUAUACUGGGAACAAUGUUUUCAAACUGUUUUUUUACUACACAUUCCAGUAUAUACAGUACUCCAGUGCUCUUAUAUAUAAUAAAGUAUUGUUAAAAUGA